ACAACAACAACAACAACAACAACAGCAACAACAGUUAGACCCUGCCCAGCAACAAUUACAAUUGCAAUUAUUGCAACAACAUCUUCAACAGCAACAAAUGGCAUCUUCUUCUUCAAAUCAAUCACCUACAAUCAACUCACCAAAUGCUGCCGCACUAAAUGCUAUACAAUAUCAAAUGCUGGCUUACAACCUAUUAUCAAAAGCUCCUACAACUCCUUCUACAAUGGGUCAGUCGCCUACUUCCUCACAAAACGUGGCUAAUGCAACUUCAGCGCCAACACCAAUACCACCACAAACUUCAACAUUAUCAGUUUCACCAAACAAUAAUAACAAUAUUUCAUCGUCAACAACACAUUCUCCUGUUGUGAAAGAUAGUAGCUCACAAGCAACACAAAAAUCAGCAACUGUAGAAUCAACUUCAUCUAUGAAUAAUCAAGAACUAGAAGGUGACAAGCCAUUAGAACAACCUGUACCACAUGAAGAAGAGGAAGAGCCCAAGUCUUUGAUGGAAACAUUAGUAGAAACAAUAUAUAAGCAAGCAAAGGAAUAUAAAGCAACGAUGGAUGCCAUGAAAACGAUGACUACAUCCAAUACAAUGACACAAAUGGACGAUCAACUCACCCCACAAAACUUGUUAUAUGGUCAACAACGCUCACAUGCUCAUGCCUCAAGACAGCAACGACUUUUGUUACCAAAAACCAUCCCUAUCCAACUAGACCCCUAUACAAUCUUACUCGAGCGGGAAAAGUUUAUACCAAAUAGAAUACGACAAAAGAUGGAGGCAUUAGAAGCUAUUACAGUAGACAAUAUGGCUCAACAAUCACAAUCUCUUGGUUACAUGUUAUCAGAAUAUUACACGGAAACUGUACGGAUGGCUACUUCGGAUCAAUUGAAAUCAAUCAUACAGUUGAAAGCAUUACAACUUCGUGAAAAGCAAGCAAAGCUUCGUGAAGAAGUGGUUUUAGGAAUGGAAGAAGCCAAUCGAUUAGCAAAUUCUGUAGACCGAACAUCGUACCGUAAACUUAUGAAACGAACAUUACGGGAAGCCAAACAAACGGAAAAGUUGGAACGACAACAUCGAUUGUAUCGGGAAAAGCGACAAAAGCAAAAGUAUCUUGAUUAUUUACAAAAAGUAUGCAAUCAAGGCCGAGACAUGUUGACCUGGCACAAGACACAUCAAGCCAAGAUGAGCAAACUAGGCAAAGCUGUACUCCAAUUCCAUGCGUAUGUUGAUCGUGAAGAACAGAAACGAAAUGACAAACGUUCCAAAGAACGUAUCCGUGCACUCCGAAACGAUGAUGAAGAAGCAUACAUGAAAUUGAUUGACGAAGCCAAAGAUACACGGUUGACAAUGUUAUUACGACAGACAGGCACUUACUUGGAAUCAUUAUCGCGGGCGGUGGCUGAUCAAAAAAAUGAUCCAGUACAUGAACAACAAGUCAGUGAUUUGAUGGAUGAUGAAAAUAUGGAUGAAGAAGCAUUAUUGAUGGACAAGGCGGGUAGUCAAUCCGAUUACUUUAGAAUGGCUCAUAAGGUACAAGAAUCUGUACGACAACCUAAUAUUAUGGUGGGAGGCAAAUUGAAAGAAUAUCAAAUCAAAGGGUUACAGUGGAUGGUAUCUCUUUACAACAAUCGUCUUAAUGGAAUUCUUGCGGAUGAAAUGGGGCUUGGGAAAACUAUUCAAACUAUCAGUUUAGUGACUUAUUUGAUUGAAAAGAAACAACAAAAUGGGCCCUAUCUCAUCAUUGUACCUUUAUCAACAUUAACGAAUUGGUCAUUGGAAUUUGAAAAAUGGGCUCCUACAGUAAAUACAGUUGUCUACAAAGGUCCACCAGAUGUACGAAAACAAAUCCAACGAAAUCAGUUGAAACAUCAAAAUUUCCAAGUAUUAUUAACGACAUUCGACUACAUUAUCAAGGAUCGACCUGUUCUAUCUAAAUUCAAAUGGUUACAUAUGGUGAUUGAUGAAGGUCAUCGGUUGAAGAACACUCAGUCCAAAUUGACCACUGUGAUCAGACAAAAUUACUCUUCAAGGUAUCGAUUGAUUUUAACUGGUACUCCUCUGCAGAACAAUCUACCUGAAUUAUGGGCUCUAUUGAAUUUUAUUCUUCCAAAAAUCUUCAACAGUGUCAAAAGUUUUGAAGAAUGGUUCAAUACUCCUUUCUCCAAUCAAGGUGUACAAGAUCGUGUGGAAUUGAAUGAAGAAGAACAAUUACUUAUUAUCAAAAGAUUACACAAGGUACUUCGUCCAUUCUUGUUACGAAGAUUGAAAAAGGAUGUGGAAUCUGAAUUACCUGAUAAGGUGGAACAUGUCAUCAAGUGUAAAUUAUCAGCCUUACAAUCCAAACUCUAUAUCCAAAUGAAGAAACAUGGUGUGCUUUUUACUGGAAGCAAUGAAAAAACUGGUCGUACAACGGUGAUGGGAUUAAAUAAUCGGAUCAUGCAACUUCGAAAGAUAUGUAAUCAUCCCUUUGUAUUUGAAAAAGUGGAACAACAAAUCAAUCCAUUCAAAAUGUCCAAUGAAUUAUUAUACCGCAGUUCUGGCAAAUUUGAACUUUUAGACAGGAUUUUACCAAAGUUAAAGGCCACUGGACAUAGAGUAUUGAUUUUCUUUCAAAUGACUCAAAUUAUGGAUAUCAUGGAAGAUUAUUGUAUUUAUCGAGGACUCAAACAUAUGCGAUUGGAUGGAUCAACCAAGGCAGAUACUCGGUCUCAACAAUUGAAAGAUUUCAAUGCAGAAGAUUCUCCAUAUUUUGUAUUUUUACUCAGUACUCGUGCUGGUGGUUUGGGGCUCAACUUACAAACAGCCGAUACAGUCAUCAUCUUUGAUUCUGACUGGAAUCCUCAUCAAGAUUUACAAGCACAAGAUCGGGCGCAUCGUAUUGGACAAACUAAAGAAGUACGUAUUUUCCGGUUGAUUACGGAGAACUCGAUUGAAGAAAGUAUAUUGGCACGAGCGCAGUAUAAAUUGGAUAUUGAUGGCAAAGUGAUUCAAGCUGGCAAGUUUGACAAUCGAAGUACAGAAGAAGAUCGAGAAGCCUUUUUACGAUCGUUACUGGAAGACAAAUCAGAUGAGCAACAACAGCAACAAGAGGGCGAUGAUAAUAAUGAAGAACAGGAAGAAUUUGAUGAUGAUGAACUGAAUGAUAUCCUGAAACGAUCAGAUGAAGAGGGCGUGCUCUUUAGUGAAAUGGAUAAGGAACGACAACAACUGGAUCGUGAAUGGUGGCAACAACUAUAUGGUAAAGAUAUUAACAAAACACCAGAACGAUUAUUACAAGAUUGGGAAUUACCUGACGUGUAUCAUCAAGAAAUGUCCAUGUUGAAUGAUUUGGACAACGAAAGCAGUUUGGGUCGUGGUCAACAACGUAGUGCUAAACAUGGACAAGAUGGCGCGGCACUACGGUAUGAUGAUGGUAUGACCGAAGGACAAUGGCUACGACAUAUUGAACGGAUGGAGGACGAUGCUGCAAAAGUUAGUAAACGAAAAAAACAAGUGCAUGGUGAAGAUCAAGUCGAUGACAACGCUGGUUCCUUAUUGGUCAAGGUGAAAAAGGCUCGUUUAAUGACAGAUUAG